GAACCCGGAGCUAGGACUGAGAAGCAGAGGUGCGGGGGGCGGAUCCUUCUUCCCGUGGCCUCGAGGGCGCAUCGCUGGUGGCGGAGAUCCUGGCCUGGCCCGGGAAGCAGAGGAAAGAUGGAGAUCCGCUGGGCCGUCCCGGUGCGCUGGCAGAAGGAUGCAGCUCACCUGCUUGGAGUCCAACAUCUGUACCACACGAGGCGUGAACUCCUGCCAGCAGUGUCUGGCUGUGAGUCCUGUGUGUGCCUGGUGCUCAGAUGAGACUUUGUCUCAGGGCUCACCCCGAUGUAACCUGAAGGAGAACCUGCUGAAGGACAAUUGUGCUCCAGAGUCUAUUGAGUUCCCAGUCAGUGAGGCCCAGAUCCUGGAGGCUAGGCCACUCAGCAGCAAGGGCUCUGGAAGCAGCGCCCAGAUCACUCAAGUCAGCCCUCAGAGGAUUGCCCUUCGACUACGGCCAGAUGAUUCGAAGAUCUUCUCACUUCAAGUGCGGCAGGUGGAGGAUUACCCCGUGGACAUCUACUACUUGAUGGACCUGUCUUUCUCCAUGAAGGAUGAUCUGUCCAGCAUCCAGACCCUGGGUACCAAGUUGGCCUCUCAGAUGCGCAAGCUUACUAGCAACCUUCGGAUUGGCUUUGGGGCCUUCGUGGACAAGCCUGUAUCGCCGUACAUGUACAUCUCCCCACCACAGGCAAUCAAAAACCCCUGUUACAAUAUGAAGAAUGCCUGCUUGCCCAUGUUUGGCUACAAACACGUGCUGACGCUAACCGACCAGGUGUCCCGCUUCAAUGAAGAAGUGAAGAAACAGAGCGUGUCCCGUAAUCGAGAUGCCCCAGAGGGCGGCUUUGACGCCAUCAUGCAGGCUACAGUAUGUGAUGAAAAAAUUGGCUGGAGGAAUGACGCAUCCCAUUUGCUAGUGUUUACCACGGAUGCCAAGACCCAUAUUGCCCUGGAUGGAAGGCUGGCAGGCAUUGUCCUGCCCAAUGAUGGGCACUGUCACAUUGGCACCGACAACCACUACUCUGCCUCCACUACCAUGGACUACCCAUCUCUGGGGCUGAUGACUGAGAAACUAUCCCAGAAAAACAUUAACUUGAUCUUUGCAGUGACUGAAAAUGUCGUCAGCCUUUACCAGAAUUAUAGUGAGCUCAUUCCUGGGACCACAGUGGGAGUCCUGUCUGAUGACUCAAGCAACGUCCUCCAGCUCAUUGUUGAUGCUUACGGGAAAAUCCGCUCUAAAGUGGAGCUGGAAGUACGUGACCUGCCGGAAGAACUGUCACUGUCCUUCAAUGCCACCUGCCUCAACAACGAGGUUAUCCCGGGCCUCAAGUCUUGUGUGGGCCUCAAGAUUGGAGACACGGUGAGCUUUAGUAUCGAGGCCAAGGUGCGUGGCUGCCCCCAGGAGAAGGAGCAGUCUUUCACUAUCAAGCCUGUGGGCUUUAAGGACAGCCUCACCGUCCAGGUGACCUUCGACUGUGACUGUGCCUGCCAGGCCUUUGCCCAGCCUUCCAGCCCACGCUGCAACAAUGGGAACGGGACUUUUGAGUGUGGGGUGUGCCGCUGUGACCAGGGCUGGCUGGGGUCCAUGUGUGAGUGCUCUGAGGAGGAUUACCGACCCUCUCAGCAGGAAGAGUGCAGCCCCAAGGAGGGCCAGCCCAUCUGCAGCCAGCGGGGAGAGUGCCUCUGUGGCCAGUGUGUCUGCCAUAGCAGCGACUUCGGCAAGAUCACUGGCAAGUACUGUGAGUGCGAUGACUUCUCCUGCGUCCGCUACAAAGGGGAGAUGUGUUCCGGCCAUGGGCAAUGUAACUGUGGGGACUGCGUGUGUGACUCGGACUGGACUGGCUACUACUGCAACUGUACUACACGCACUGACACCUGCAUGUCCACCAAUGGGCUGCUGUGCAGCGGCCGGGGCAACUGCGAGUGCGGCAGCUGUGUGUGCGUCCAGCCAGGCUCCUAUGGAGACACCUGUGAGAAGUGCCCCACCUGCCCAGAUGCCUGCUCCUUUAAGAAGGAGUGUGUGGAGUGUAAGAAGUUCAACCGGGGAACGCUCCAUGAAGAAAACACCUGCAGCCGCUACUGCCGGGAUGACAUCGAGCAGGUGAAAGAGCUGACGGAUACUGGCAAAAACGCCGUGAAUUGUACCUACAAGAACGAGGAUGACUGUGUCGUCAGAUUCCAGUACUACGAAGACACCAGUGGGAGGGCAGUCCUCUAUGUGGUGGAAGAGCCUGAGUGUCCCAAGGGUCCUGAUAUCCUGGUGGUCCUGCUGUCAGUGAUGGGGGCCAUCCUGCUCAUUGGCCUUGCUACUCUGCUCAUCUGGAAGCUACUCAUCACUAUCCAUGACCGGAAGGAAUUUGCUAAAUUUGAGGAAGAACGAGCCAGAGCCAAGUGGGACACAGCAAACAACCCGCUGUAUAAAGAGGCCACCUCCACCUUCACCAAUAUCACCUACCGGGGGACUUAAUGAGACCAUCUUCAGAUGACGCCAGGACCGUGGGACUCUCUGCCAUUAUGUUUACAGAGGACAUUUGUGUGUGUGUGGGUGUGUGGGUGUAUGGGUGGGAUUUGGGGCGUGGGUUGGGCUGGGCUGGAAGAAUGUCAGUAUGUGGGAAUGUAUCUCUCUGUGUGUACUUAUGUGUGUGACGAGUGUGGGGAAAUGUGUAAUUUAAAACUUGUGAUGUGUCUCACAGGCAGAGCUCCACAGCCUUUGUCCUCAGGGGCCCUCCCCAAAGGAUUCUUCCUGCUUAGCUUGAGGGGGACUCAUGAUGCCCGGCAGGUGCUCAUUACCUCUGAGAAGCUAGCUUGCUUUGUCAGGCCAUUCUCCCAGAAGAGAAGGGCAGGGCUGAGGUUCCCCAACCCCCAUUCCAGAGGAAGUGGUGUCAAGUCUUGGUUCUAUACCAACUUUGUAAUUUUCCGGUUCUUGGGGCUGACUGUCAACAGCUGUGGUAGAAAGUGCUUGACGUUGAAGCUCAGCUGUAUCGUCUGUGCCUCUGCCCACCUCCCUCCCUUCCUCAGGCUGAUGGUGGAGUUAGGGGAGAAUCGAGUCCUCAAGAGUUGCCUGUGGCUUUUGCCAGCACCUCAGUCCUGCUAUGGCUCUCUCUCUCAUAAGGAAAGUCCUUGUCACCUGGCUCUUUGGCCUGUUAAGGGUGAGGAUGGCAAGGCCACUCAGGGGUCAUGCAUGGCCUGGGGGGUGUGCCAGCACCUCCAAGAUCAUAAUCACAGCCAUUCAGAAUUGCCUCAUUGGUAGCUCUUCCCAGGAGAUUUGUGAACAUGUGUCAUUGUGUCAACACCAUCUCUUACCUCCUGCUUCUACACCCUGAUGGCCACAGACUUGUGCUAUGUGCUGAGACUCUCUCUCAUGGUCAGAUGCUAUGGGCUGAGGCUCUCUCUCAUGGUCAGAUGCUAUGGGCUGAGGCUCUCUCUCAUGGUCAGAUGCUAUGUGCUGAGGCUCUCUGUCAUGGUCAGAUGCUAUGGGCUGAGGCUCUCUGUCAUGGUCAGAUGCUAUGGGCUGAGGCUCUCUGACAUUGUCAGAUGCUAUGGGCUGAGGCUCUCUCUCAUGGUCAGAUGCUAUGGGCUGAGGCUCUCUCUCAUGGUCAGAUGCUUUCUCCUCAGGGGAGAGUGCAGUGGUCAGAGCUGGAGGUCCAUCCCCACUCUCCAGGCUUUCUGCUCCUCUUUCCGGGCACCUCCACACACCUCAUCCUAUGCCUCUGUGUGCUUGCUACACCCAUCCAUGGGGGUGCUUGUGUGUAUCUACCUCUUCGGUGUCUUGUGAAGGAGUCCCCCGAGUCUCCCAUGAGUCUGUUGAACAACGUGCCAGGGAGGAGUUGAAAGGCCAGUCAGAACUGCAUGUGUGGCCUGUUCUCCUGUGGGCUGGACAACCUCAUUUUAUCUCAGCCUUUAAUCUGGGAGGCCACAAGUGCAAUUUUAUUUUAUUCCCUAUGGGGACACCCAAAACUAUGAUGAGGCCCGAUCACUCUAGAGGAGCACGUAUAUAAACAUACUUGCAUUAUUAUAUUUAUAAUUUUGUAUGAUGACAAAGGAGAGCAUAAAAAACCCCACACAGAGUGUGUGGCAAACAUUCUUAGUAACUUGCCAGUCAGUGGCUGGGUCUGCAAGGGGCUUCCCUCUUCCUGGAAGCAUGUGAAGAUGGGUAUGUGGACACACUGACCCUUUCUUGAAGAGGUUUCUCGACUGGGUUCUGGGUUCUGUUGGCCCAGCAAGCAUGGUUUGCUCUGCUGGCAUUGACUUAGAUCUAAUGUUAAAAAUCAGUGCUUACCACCCAGAGACAAGAGGCCUAUAAACAGCAUCUUGAUGAUCUGAGACCUGAGUCCUGGCCUCGGGAUCGCUGUCAAAACACCUGAAAGUUAAUUCAGAAAAGCCAUUUCCCCCACCCCUCUGGAGUUCAAUAUUCUUUUGGAUUUGGUAACUUGGAAAGUCUAUUUCAAGUGUCACUAUUCUUUUUUUCUGAAAGACAGGGUCUCAUGUAUCCCAGGAUGGCUUUGAACUUGCUAUGUAGCCAAGGUUGACUUGAACUUCUGAUCCUUUUUCUACACUUCUCAGGUGCUACAAUUACAGGCAUGAGUUAUCCUGCCUGGCUUAUGCAGUGCUGGGAAUAGAACCCAGGACAUCACACAUGCUAGGCAAGAACAUUACCAACUGAUCUGUAUUCCCAGCUUUAGUAUCAACAUCCUAAGAUGCCGAGAGUAAAUACGGUAUCAAGCCUGCGGUCCAGAUUCUGUGUGUGUAUAAGGAGGCUGGAAUGUUGACCAGUAGUAGAACAAGCAGUUAAGGAAUGUCCUGGGUUUGAUUCCCAGCACUGAAAACGUGUGUGUGUGUGUGUGUGUGUGUGUGUGUGUGUGUGUGUGUGUGUUUUGUGGGGGGAGAGGUGGUGUUGCUCCUGUUUGUCUUUCAGUUUCCAGACUGAAUGCCUUGGCUUUCACGAGAGCAGAUGCUAUUCUUAGAACUUGUCUCAGCGAGUCUCAUUCCUUCUCAGACUCCCUUCAUCUUUUGUUAGUGGGUGCAUCUGAUGUAGCACUUAGUUUUUAUCCAACUUGUUCUUUCUUGUUCACUCUGCAUACAGUUGCAUCUGCAUACCAGGGAGGACCUUCAGUAAGGAGUGGCUGAUCCAGAUGUUGGUGUGGUGAGCAGGCCUCGAGUACAGGAGAAAGCCAGCGACUGUCCGGUUGUGCCCUUGGGUUACUCUUGGCUUAGGUGGUGGGAGUACAGUAGAGGGACAGGGAAGAUGGUCAGAGAUCCAUCCUUUAGCUACUGAGGCAGAGUCCGUGAGAGUAGAGUGGGGUUUUCUUUAGAGAAGACUGUUUAGAUGAGGAAACUAGCAGGGAAGGAAGAAAAUGUAUUAGAAGAGUGAAAGGUGAGUAGGAAUCUUGACGGUUUCUGGAAUGAGGCUUGUGGUGCUUGGGCGGCAACGCCGGUCAGGACUCGGGCAUAUCUGUAGCUGUUCUCUCCGGAGGCUGAGGAACAGUCUGAGUGGUUUCCAGGGGAUGAACAUCUAAAAUUGUGCUGGGAAUGAAUGCGCAGCACAGAGCGGCUGGGCCCGUUCUCUUACAGGUGGUUUCGGUCCAGUCUCUGUCUGAGGACAACAGGAAGAGACAGAGAAUGCCUGGCAGGUAGCUCUGUUCCCGUUCUUUCCCUCAGAGACAGUCAUUCUGAAGCUGCCCACAGCAACAUCAGAGUCUUUGUCCAUUUUUGGUUGAAAUUGCUUACGCGCCUUCCUGACACCCUCCCCACCUCCUCUGAGUUGUGUAACAGAGAAUUAAAUGUGCUUUCCAAAAGAA